GUUUUAUUUGUGCAUGUGUUGUGUGUUGCGUGAGUUCUGUAAUUACAAUGAGUGUGAUAAAUUAAGUGGAGAAAGUUCAUUAAAGACUCGAUGAUGGUCUUGGACCAUAAAAAAUUUAGUUAUUUUUUAAAAACAAAUAAGACUUUUUGGAUAAAAACUCAGCAUAUACCUAAGAAAGCUUCAAGCGUAUUUGAAGCUUUCGAGGCCGUGUUCAUGGAAGUAUGAACCUAGACUCGUUGUCUUUCACUUUGUCACAAAUAAGUUAUUUGAUUGCCACAUUAACUAAAAAAAACUAUAAGCAAGUAGUAGGAGACAUAACUAAACUUGUUUCUUUGCAUGGUCUGGAGGCGGAUCGUCACUUGCUCCAAUGUCUGUUUUCAUCAGUGGACUUUUCAGAGUCUACAAAUAAAAUAUCAGCUCCAGCUCCCCAAAACCAAGCAUUAUUGGAACAGUGCUCCAGUUUGUUAAACAAACCAUCAUUGUUAACAGCCCUUUGUUAUAUUACAGACAAUCCUUUGAUAAAUCACAAGACUUUAAAACUUGGACCUCAGUUCUUCCAUCAGUUGAGCAAGUGCCUUCGCCUCUCAGCUGUCCAGGAAGUUGUUUUUGCCAUUGCUCUUUGCCACUCAUCUCAUACAGAAGCCAAAAAUCUAGCCCAAGCUCACUUAAGAACUACAGUACCUGCCUUAGUUCAGUCAUAUAUUGAUACAGAAGGAAGUAGCAGUCAACACGAAGGUGGACUUCACGAAACAACUCCUGAAGUACUUCACCUCAUUAUAUCUGCUGUUCUAAAAAACCCCAAGGAAGUAGGUCUUACUAACGACAACCAUACAACAUUUCUUGAAACCUUACAACGAGAUUUUCCCAAGGAUCUUGUACCUGUAGUGCUUGCGCCAUUAGUGUAUCCAGAACAUAGUGAAUUGGCCCCAGAAAUGUCAUCUGAAGGCCCCGGUUUAUCCGGGGGAAUGCUUGAAACAUCUUUAUCAGAUGUAGUGACUGAAUUAGGAUAUAAUUUUACCUCGUCUGUUGAAGAAUGCCGCAACAACCUCAUGAAAUUGGGUGGCAGAGAUAUUUCCCCUGCAAUAGUAUCUCGUAUCCUUGCUGUUAUGUGCCGAACACACAGUGGCCUUGAAGACUCUAUUUCCAUUCAAACACCAGGAUCUUUUAAUAAAGGAUCUGAUAAUAGAACAUCAUGGAACAUUGAUAACUUAAUUCAAGCUCUUAAAGAAAUUGUUCCUAAUUUUCAGUGGAAUAGUAUUGUUGCCGAACUAGAUCAUCCUGAGUUCAUUGUAAAAGAUAGGCAAGGAUUGUGUCUAUUAAUAAAUGGACUUAGGCAAGGUUUACAAACAUUUGGAUUUCACCCAGAAACAUUUCCUGUGGAUCAGAUAUAUAAAAGAUGGCAAAAUGUGGAAGGACAGUUUAGUUUAGUUCAGAAUAUCCUUAAAAAUCCAGAUGUGUUUUGUUUUGUGGACUAUACUUAUGCACCAGUGGCAGUUGAUGUGCUGAAAACUCCUCCUGAGCAAGAUAGCAAAGAAUUAGCAAAUUGGAGAUCUUUAAAUCUUGUUGAACUUUUAUUGAGCCUAUCAGAAUGCGGGUUAUAUACACAUGUUCAAGAAUUGUUUAAAAUACCAGUACAUAGUUGUCCAGAUGUACUAGUUUUAGCAUUACUUCAGAUUUCUGGCCAAGUUACUUUACUAAGACGUGACUUGCUCACUAACUUGAUCCCCAUAUUUUUAGGAAAUCAUCCCAACUCUGCCAUAAUUUUACAUCAUGCAUGGCACACACAGAAUAUCAAUAUUAAACCCAUUAUUAUGCAUGCUAUGGCAGAAUGGUAUGUUCGGGGUGAAUGUGAUCAAACCAGGCUGUCCAGAAUUCUUGAUGUAGCUCAGGAUUUAAAAGCACUAUCAAGUCUUUUGAAUGCACAAUCUGCCCAGUCAUAUCCUUUCAUCAUAGAUUUAGCUUGCCUAGCUUCACGAAGGGAGUACUUAAAAUUAGAAAAAUGGCUUUCUGAUAAAAUAAAUGAACAUGGAGAAGCUUUUGUUAUGGCCUGUGUAAAAUUCUUACAUAGACGUGUUCCACAGAUAGCAAAAGCAGAUGAAUCCCUAGGCAAAGUUGUUCCCUUGCCUACAGAAACUUUGACUACAAUGACAUUAUGUCUGCAAAGGACCAUGAACAAUUUAAGUCCAGAGUGUCACGAUGCUGUAAUGACUACAGUUAAUAACUGUUCUUUGAUUAUAAAGUCCAGACAACAACAGCAACCUGCAAUACUUCGAUCGAGAGGAAUAGAUGGAGGAAUCAACCCUUCUGUUUUUGCUCCUCUCUACAACCAUUCUGGAGUUGAUUCUAUGCAAGGACUUAACACCACAUUGGCAAAUAUGAACUUAGGUGGUCCAGCAAAUUCUGCAUUCAAUUUACAAGGUGGAUUAGGACCUUUGGUACCAUCGCCAGGAUCUCCCUCAAGAAUUUUAAAUGCUGGUCCAUCAAGUAGUCCUUUUCCCAUUAUGCCGAUGUCACAUCAAGGCCCUGCUGGUACAAGUUCGUCUCUAGUCCUAGGAGUCAAUCAAAUUAGCAACUUAAGUAGGAUGGGACCCAAUACUAAUAUAGACAAAACUAGAUUGCCGGAAUAUAACUUGUUCCCGGAUGUUUCUUCACAUGUUUCAAAAGACAUAGAAGAUGAAGCCAAUAAUUACUUUCAGAGGAUUUACAACCAUCCACCGAAUCCCACCUUGUCAAUUGAAGAAGUGUUAAAUAUGUUGAAGAGGUUUCAAGAUUCUCAUAACAAAAGAGAAAAGGAGGUGUUUAACUGCAUGUUGAAAAGUCUUUUUGAAGAGUAUAAAUUUUUUCCACAAUAUCCUGAUAAAGAAUUACAUGUAACAGCACAACUAUUUGGAGGCAUAAUCGAAAGAGGUAUAGUAGCUAGCUAUGUCGCCCUGGGACUGGCCUUACGGUUUGUCCUAGAGGCUCUCAAAAAACCAGAGGGUUCUAAGAUGUACUAUUUUGGAAUAGCAGCUCUAGAUAAAUUUAAAACAUGUUUAAAGCAAUAUCAUAAGUAUUGUGAACACGUUCGAGCAAUUCCCCACUUCAGUGAUUUUCCUCAACAUCUUCAAGAGUACGUAGAAUUUGGAUUGCAAGGUUUGGAACCACCUCAUAAACCAGACGGACCAAUAUUACCACCGAGUCUAGCAGCCAUGUUAGCGCCUCCUAGUGCUGUCACUGUGUACAAGACUACUACCACGGCAAGUACUGUUCAAACCAAAGUCAAUACUACUCCAGCAGGUACAAUGAGUAGCAGACCUUCCAUAGCAAAUGCUACAAAUAUUGAUACACUUUUGGUAGCCACUGAGAAGGAAGAAAAAGCUACUGCUCCGCCUGAGCCUUUACAAGACAAAACUGCCUUUAUUUUUAAUAAUUUAAGUCAAUUGAAUCUGAAACAAAAAUGCGAUGAACUUAAGGAAUUAGUAUCUGAUGAAUAUUACCCUUGGCUUGCACAAUAUCUUGUAAUGAAGAGGGCAUCUAUUGAAUUUAAUUUCCAUGGAUUGUAUUCCAACUUCCUGGAUACACUAGGAAUAAAUGAAAUUCUAAAAUUAGUAACAAGAGAAACAUUCAGAAAUAUUAGGGUUCUCUUAAGGUCUGACAAGGCAGUAGCUAAUUUUUCUGACAGAUCCCUUUUGAAAAACUUGGGCCAUUGGCUUGGUCUUUUAACUCUAGCAAGAAACAAGCCGAUUUUACAAAUAGACCUUGAUCUGAAGUCACUUCUAGUAGAAGCUUACCAUAAAGGACAGCAAGAACUUUUAUAUGUGGUACCAUUUGUAGCAAAAGUGCUAGAGUCUUGUGCUAAAAGUAAAGUUUUCAAACCUCCCAAUCCAUGGACAAUAGCUUUAAUGAACGUUUUAGCGGAAUUACACUCAGAAGCAGACCUUAAGCUGACUUUAAAGUUUGAAAUAGAAGUUUUAUGUAAGCAUUUGGAUAUAGAUGUUAGCCAUUUGAAGCCUUCUGUAUACCUUAAAGAUCCAGAACGUAUCAGAAAAAUCGAAUACCAACUAUCACAACAACUUAAGAAAGAAGCUUUGAUGCAACCCAGUGUUGUCAACCAAGGAGGUAAUAUAACGGACCAAGAACUAGCAAAUAUAAUUCCGAGUCAGCAAACCAGUUCUCCAGUCAUUCAGAAUAAUAGUACAACUCCAACAUCGGCCUUGUCGGCACCCCCAGAGCCUCGUUUUGCGUACUCAGACAUUCAAAUACCCGGAAUGCAGUCAUUUCAGACCCACACCGUCAUCUCUCCUUCAAUUUUGUUAUUUCAAACACAGCCACAACUUAAGGCACUUGUUCGCACUUCCAUUGAAAGGGCUGUUCAGGAGUGGAUAGGACCAGUAGUAGACAGGUCCAUUAAAAUAGCCCUUCAAACAUGUGAGCAACUCAUAAGGAAGGAUUUUGCACUUGAUCCAGAUGAAAACCGAAUGCGACUAGCCGCCCAUUAUAUGGUACGCACUCUCACAGCUGGUAUGGCGAUGAUUACAUGUCGGGAACAAUUGAUAACGGCUAUCAGCACACAUUUGAAACAAGCCCUUUUAACCAACAUGGUAUCACCAACAGUCCAACAAAAAGAGAUGAUAGACCAGGCGUGUAGUGUUGUCGCCAGUGAUAACAUGGAGCUGGGUUGCGCUUUUAUACAGAAAACUGCCGUCGAAAAAGCUAUACCCGAAAUCGAUAAGAGACUCGUCAGCGAGUAUGAACUCAGGAAAAUGGCUAGGCAAGAAGGAAGACGUUACUGUGAUCCCAUAGCUUUAACUUAUCAAGCAGAAAGGAUGCCCGAGCCAAUACGACUAAAAGUGGGAGGUAUUUCACCGAGUCAAAUGGGCGUAUACGAAGAAUUUGGACAAAACAUCCCGGGGUUUGUACCCAACGAACGUGAUGCUACUAUGCUAAUCCAAAAACAAACACCCAUCGAGGUCCAAUCUCACUCUUCGACUCCAUUUCCGAUUCCACAAAAUAUAUUACCCACAGACGAUAUCGCUAUAUUAUACGAAAAGUUGGCCAUAGAUGUAGAACAAUUUGUGCAACUUUUAGGACAAGCACAGGCUCUGAUGAGUAGCAGUAUGGUGCUUAUUAGGGAUUGCCUAUUGCACAUGUCGAGGAACAGGGAUUCAACUCCUCCCCAAGCUAUUGUACAAAAGUGUGUAGAAAGUUUGCAAGACUGCCUUGUUCCAACUUUAAGUAAUGAAAACGACCCAGUUACGCUCCGCUUUAAAGAAAUUAUCGUAAGAAUUCUCAAAACCUUGCAAGAUCCUCGAUUAUACGGCCAACAAUGGACCAAUAAAUUGGUAACGAGAUGUUUGACCGAAUGCCGAGACGAUCAACUACGCUACAAUAUCGAUGCCGUCGAUACAUUAAUCAAAAAUGGUUUAGUCAACGUUCCUCAGUACGAUCUUGCACUUACACAAUGUAUGGAUAAUGGCCAUAACUACAUGGCUACCACUUUCGCUACGCAGUUACUGCAAUUGUAUAUAGUAGAUGAUAGAAACGGUCAGCUUGUUACUGAAAGUGAUUUGUGCAACACGAUUGAGGUAUUAGCCAAAAUUAAUUCCCAUUCUAGACCACAACCAGAAGGAUUAGGAAAUAUUAUGGAUGUAUUGAGACAGAGUGAACCGAGCUCAUUUUUUGGAGACCGCGCGCCAAUGGGACCUACUGUUCAUAUCCAUAACGGAAUAUUACAGGUGAGAGCGCCGAAUUAUGAAGAUCCUCCAGGUCUAGUAGAAAAAACUGAUCACCUUCUCCGAGAAUGGAUUUCUUUUUAUCACGGCCAGAACCAGGGUCGAGAUUCUACCAAAGCUUUUAGUGUUUUCGUCCACCAAAUGAACGUCUACGGCAUACUAAAGACUGACGAUUUAAUUACGAGGUUUUUUCGACUUUCGACGCAACUUUGCGUUGAAACUGUGUACAGAGUCCUUGCAGAAAAAACGACGACAAACGUAUCUUUAUUGAGGCCGAAGUGCUAUCAAACCUUAGACGCGUACGUGAGAUUGGUGGCCUUAUUGGUGAAGCAUUCAGGUGAUGCAAAUAAUACAACUACCAAAGUGCAUCUUCUAAAUAAGGUUCUUGGUAUUUUAGCGGGUUGCCUUAUGCAGGAUCAUGACACUCGUGCUAUUGAAUUUCAACAGUUGCCUUAUCAGAGGAUAUUCACUAUGUUGUUCUUGGAACUAAAUGCUCCAGAACCUGUCCUGGAAGCCAUUAAUUUCCACGUUUUGAACGCUUUUUGUCAUACAUUACACAUUUUACGGCCUACGAAAGCAGCGGGUUUUUGUUAUGCUUGGUUAGAACUGGUUUCUCACCGAGUCUUUAUGGGAAGGAUGCUAGCCAGUAGCCCUCAGCAAAAAUGUUGGCCGAUGUAUGCCCAACUCCUCAUCGAUCUUUUUAAAUAUUUGGCGCCAUUUUUGAGGAAUGCAGAGCUUGCCAAACCAGUCACGAUGUUAUAUAGAGGAACACUACGAGUACUGCUCGUGUUAUUACACGAUUUUCCAGAGUUUCUAUGCGACUACCAUUAUGGAUUUUGUGACGUUAUUCCGCCCAAUUGUAUUCAAAUGAGGAAUCUCAUUCUCUCGGCGUUUCCAAGAAACAUGAGGUUGCCGGAUCCAUUUACACCUAACUUAAAGGUUGACAUGCUACAGGAAAUAUCGUAUGGGCCGAGAAUACUUACAAAUUUGGCACAGAUGAUCACACCUGCUCAAUUUAAAAAAGAUGUGGAUUCGUAUCUGAAGGCCAGGGCACCGGUUACGUUUUUGUCCGAACUUAGAAGUAACUUACAGGUUUCAAACGAACCUGGUGUGCGUUACAAUAUCCCGUUAAUGAACGCCUUAGUACUUUAUGUAGGCACACAAGCGAUAACCUACAUACGGAACAAGAGCCACACGCCGAACAUGUCGACAAUAGCACACAGCGCCCACAUGGACAUCUACCAAAACCUGGCUGUCGAUCUGGACACCGAAGGUCGCUAUUUAUUCCUUAACGCUAUCGCGAACCAACUAAGGUAUCCCAACAGCCAUACACAUUAUUUCUCUUGCACUUUGCUCUAUUUAUUCGCCGAAGCCAAUACAGAGGCCAUUCAAGAGCAAAUCACAAGGGUAUUAUUGGAAAGGCUAAUUGUAAAUAGACCGCAUCCCUGGGGGCUACUGAUUACCUUUAUUGAACUCAUCAAAAAUCCUACGUAUAGGUUUUGGCAGCAUGAGUUCGUCCAUUGUGCUCCAGAGAUUGAAAAAUUAUUCGAGUCAGUCGCAAGAUCUUGUAUGGUAAAAUCCACAGCGCAAGCGCAAGAAGGCGACAUACAAGAGUGAUAAGCAUUUUUGUGAUUUGUAUAUAAUUCUAUAAAAAUUGAACGAUUGUGACUUUUUUAAUUUUUUGUUAAUAAUUUAAAGCUUAAUUUUGGGAGCAACGCAUUUUAUUUUUAGAAUAUAAGGUGAUUAUAGUGUAUAGAGAUUAAUUAGUGUAAUAUAUUAGCUAUUUUUAAGAAAUUUUCAAGUAUUUGUAACUAGUAUACAUAUAAAUGUGGAUGUAAUAAAUGGUUUUCAAUGUUUUGAGCAUUAA